AUGCACAAAUGGAAAACAAUUUUGGAUACCCUUUUGCCUCUGUAUCGAGAAUUCCCACAACUUUGGACAACCAAACGCUACCUUAGACUCAGAUACAACCAGAAAUGCAUAUCGGGUGUGGAUGAAAAUGCAGGAGUGGGUGCAACUCAUUUGAGCUUAGAGUGCGACCAUGCAACCAAUGAAUGA